AUGGGCCCCAGGUGGCUGACCACCUCUAGUGCCCCAAAUUGGAACAAAGGGGACAACAACCCCCAUCAGCAGCAGCAGCAGCAGCAGGAACCACAUCGGUUCUUGAAAGCAAAUAUGUCAAAUAACUCAUGUAUCACCAAAUUUCCUACUUCACAUUCUGGAGCACGCUCUCAAAGAUCUCGAACUACUACCAACAAUCAACCAAAUCGACCUAGGCCUCCAAUCAGGAUGCAAUCAACUUAA